AUGGCCAACAACUCGAAGACCACGUCUUUCUUCCAGAACCCACCCCCCCUACCACCCGGCAGGGCCCAACACCACAUUGUCGUGCUGGAAGCGAUACACUGCGUCAUGCCGGCGUUCUCCUUCACGCACACGAUCGAGCUGCACCCGCGCACCGACCCGGCCCAGGUAGCGGAGCGCAUCAAGGACGCGACGAUCGUGAUCGCGUGCGUCGUGCCCGUGACGCCGCGCGACAUGGACCACGCGCCGCACCUGGGCAUGCUGGCCGUCAUGGCCGUCGGGCUCGGCUGGGUCGACAAAGACGACUGUGCGCGCCGCGGCGUCACCGUGACCAACUGCGUCGCGGGCAACGUCGACGCCGUGGCCGAGCAUUUCCUGGCCCUGUACUUCGCGGCUCGCAGACAGGUCGUGCGCGUCCAUAACUCGGUCACCGCCUCGACCGAGUGGCGCGACCAGGGAACGCUGACCAAGGCCUUUUGGUCCGGUCCUCCGAUAGGCUGUGGCCAGGAAACCCUGGGGAUCAUGGGCUACGGCGCGCUGGGGCAGAAGAUCGAAAAGCUCGCAAGGGCAGUUGGGUUUGGUGAGGUGUUGAUCAGUGAGAGGAAGAAUGUUGGCCAGAUUGGCAAUGGCAACAUCAAUACCACCACAAACACCACCACCACCACCACCACAAACACAAUCAGAGACGGAAGAGUGUCCUUUGCCGAAAUCAUCAGACAAGCCACAACCAUCUGCGUGUGUCUUCCUAAGGAGAAUGACACGGUCGAUCUCACCGCCGAGCCGGAAUUGCGAGCGAUGCGUCCUGACGCGCUGCUCAUCAAUAUGGCUCGUGGAGGUAUCGUGAAUGAGGCAGCCCUUGCCAAAGCCUUGAGGGAGGGCUGGAUCGCCUGUGCUGCCACUGAUGUCCUCGAGAUCGAGCCGGCCUGGCCUGGGUCCGGCCCGUUGACGCCGGAUCUGGCAAAAGGGGAGGAAUCUGCCGUGCCGAAUUUGACUAUUUCCUCGCACAUCGCUUGGUACACGCAAUCCACGAUCAAGAACUACCAACGUCUCCUGAAAGAAGGCAUCGAGGGCUGGGUCGCGGGGUCGUUGCAGGAGACUCCUGACCAAGUCAACAAGGUUGUGGUCGUGCAUGGCGGCAGAAUCUGGAGAUGA